AUGUUAUCUGCCAAAAAGACAGUUACUUGUUUACUUUCUCGAUACAGACAUCGUAUCCUACCAAGAAACUUUAGUACUUCAUUUGAGGCUGAUCCUCGACACGACAAGACAGUCCAUGUGAUGCAUUCAAGAGGAGUCAAUAUUCUUCAUGAUCCUUUGUUAUCGAAAGGCACUGCUUUCAGUAUUGCUGAGCGAGAACGCCUGUCCAUUCGUGGUCUUGUGCCUCCUCGUUGCCAAGAAAUGGAGAAACAGUUAUUGCGUGUGAAGCGUAACUUGGAUGCUUGCGAAACUCCUUUAUCAAAGUUUGUCUUUUUAGCUGCUUUACAUGACCGUAAUGAAACAUUGUACUACAAGCUACUUAUGGAACAUCUUGACGAAUUGGCUGGCAUUAUCUAUACACCUACAGCAUAUACACCAGUGGGUCUUGCAAGUCAAAUGUCGCAUUCUAUUUAUCGUCGUUCACGAGGCAUGUAUUUCUCUACGCAAGAUCGUGGACAAAUGUCGGCCAUGGUAUAUAACUGGCCCCACGAUCAAGUGGACGUGAUUGUCGUGACAGAUGGUUCAAGAGUCUUGGGCUUGGGUGAUUUAGGUGCUAAUGGUAUGCAGAUCCCUAUUGGUAAAUUAAGUUUGUACGUGGCUGCCGGUGGUAUUCGACCCAGAGCUGUGUUGCCUGUCGUUUUGGACGUGGGUACCAAUAACCAGGAACUCUUGAAUGAUCCACUUUACCUCGGCAUGGGACACCCUCGACUUGAAGGUGAAGAUUAUUAUUCCUUUGUCGAUGAAUGGGUGACUGCCAUUACGAGUCGAUGGCCAAAUACAUUAAUCCAGUUUGAAGAUUUCAAGUACCCCCAUGCUUAUAAUCUAUUAGUCAAAUAUCGUAACCGUAUUACUUGUUUCAAUGAUGACAUUCAAUCGACAUCCUCCAUUACAUUGGCUGGUAUUUUAGCCUCAUUAAAAGCAAGGGGCAAAAAGCAAGAAGAUUUAUCCGACGAAAGAAUUGUGUGUGUGGGUGCAGGUUCUGCUGGUGUAGGUGUCUGUGAAGGCAUCGUUGACUGCAUUGUUGCUCAAGGACGUGUCAAGAGUCGAGAAGAAGCCUAUUCUAAAAUCUAUAUGCUUGAUCAAUACGGAUUGCUUGGUAACCCUACACUUCGUGACAAACAAGAAGAUAAACACAACAAGCAUUUCAAGGCAAGGCCGGCCGAAUUGGACGAAAGACAAUAUUAUUAUGUAAAGCAUCACUUGAAGGAUCAAAUGAGUUUAGAGCAAUUAAUCAAGAAAAUCAAGCCUACAGUCUUGCUUGGCUUGACAGGUAUUCGUGGUGUCUUUACAGAAGAAGCUGUUAGGGAAAUGGCUAAACAUCAUGAAAAGCCUGUUAUUUUCCCAUUGAGCAAUCCAGAUACACAUGCAGAAUGUACAGCUGAAGAAGCCUUUCAAUGGACAGAGGGAAGAGCCAUUUUUGCUUCAGGAAGUCCAUUCAAAGAUGUACAAUUACCUAAUGGUAAAAUUGGAAAAACAAAUCAGUGUAACAAUUCCUACAGUUUUCCUGGAGUUGGAUUAGGUAUCACCGUGGCUCGAGCAACAAGAGUGUCCCCCAAUAUGUUUUUGGAAACAGCACGUACGAUCGCAGACAUGGCUACGCCUGAACAACUCAAGGAAGGUGUUCUUUUCCCUGGCGUGAGCCAAUUGAGAGAGGUAGCUUUGAAUGUAGGUACCAAGGUCUGUGAGGUUGCAUUUGAAGAAGGCGUUGCUACUGCUCGAUUAGAAGAAGGUGAAGUUCUGAGCGAAGUCGUCAAAAGCUGUGCUUAUCAACCUGAGUAUGUUCCAUUGGUGUAUCAACCAUAG